UCCCGUACGAAACUCCAUUUAAUAAGAUGGGUGUGUAAAGGAAUGUUUCUUGUAACUUCGCCUGCCGGAAUCUCUCACCUUUGCGCUCUGUUGAAUGGGAAAUUUUCUGUCGACGCGGGCGAUUAUCUUUAGGGGAGCGGUUUUUAAUACGACGUGGCGUAUGGAAGUAUCAGCCUCAAAUCUCAAUUGUUGAUCAGCUGAGAGGGAGCCGAGGCCGACGGCAGGUCCUGAUUUCUUCCUUUCCAUUUCAUUGAUUUUUUAUUUUCACACGGCUGGUCUGUAAAUAUUCCAGUAAUGGCAAUAUUAUUUGACGAAAUUUGAAGAUGAAUAAAUUUGGGGUUUCGUUGCUCUUAUUGUUGUCGCUCUGGUCAACUAGAAGCGUAGGACUCGGCAAUACACCGUUGAAUAGCGAAACGCUCAUCGAUAGAAGGCUGGAACAUGGAGUUGGCUUAGAAUCGGUUGCGACGACAAGGGGAAGAGAUAUCACAGGGCGACAAUCACCAGAUGAUCUGUCAUCAAUUUCUCUGACUAGAGCGACACUAUCAGAGAGCUCUAGUCUCCAAAAUCGCCAAAUCCCCGAUGACGAUGAUAUAGAUGACGUCGACGACGACGACGACGACGAUAAGCCGCCGCCACCACCUCCAGCAACACCGCCAGAUCCCCGCCCACCAAAUGAGAUCAGUAGCAGUAUAUCCAGCUCUGUCUCAAACUUCGUGUCGGGUAGCGUGGCACAGAGCGUAUCGUCCCUUUUCAUAUCGUCACUGUCGGUAGUCUCAGCAUCGGCGUCCAGUGCCAUUCAAUCCGCAAGUGACGCCGCGCGUGCUAGAGCAGAGCCAUCAUCAACAGCAGCACCUACUGCGCCGGCGACAACUGAUGCUUCAGUGACCACAUCACAAGAGCCUAGCAUAAGUAGUAGCACGGCCACGGCGCCCACCGCGACGGGGGACGAUCCCGUCGUUGUCUCUAGUAUUCAGGCGAGUGCCAGUAGCGCCAUAGAUGCGGCUAGAGCCAGCGCUAGCAGCAGUGCACAGAGCGCCGUGGAGGCUGCGAAUGCUAGUGCGAGCGCUGCCAUGGCCAACGUCAACAACACCCCAUCCCAAGGGUCAAAACUCACUCCCGGCCAAAUCGCAGGACUCGUUAUAGGAAUCGCCAUCUUGUCAGCUCUACUUUCAGCGCUAGGAACGUUCCUCCUAAUGCGGCGGUACGCGAAGAAACAAGAAGACUCGUCCAACAAGUACGAGUCCGACUCCCAACCCGAGACCAGGGAGCAGGACCAAUACCAACAACACCAACGUCAAAGAUCAACCACGUUUUCGCACACCCUUUCGCUUCGAAACAGACUUUCUUCAUUUCAAAUGUUCACGGCCCCGGCGGCCGCCCUUCAUAACAGCAACCACGAACGAACACGUUCCGGUCCCUCGCCAACAUCCGGCGCCAACCCCAACCGCAAUUCCGAUUUCAACUUCAACAACGAAGAUUUCAUCCCCGACGUAAAACAACGCCUCCCCCCACCCCCCUCCGCCGACCACCCAGCAAUGUACCACACCGCGCGUCCCUUAUCAAUACCUUACCCCGACGACAACAUCGACGCCGUAUUCCCCGUCUCCCCACUAAGUACCGACGGCGGGGACGGUCCCUCAACCUCUCACCGCCUACCCCCAUCCGAUGCAGAAAUAGCAGCAACAGGCGUAGCCCUAGCGCGUUCCCAAAGCGUCAGCAAAACCCAACGCGCGCAACUAGUGCGCGUAGGCAGUCAACGCGCUCUAGUAGUAACGCCCAGCACCGACCCCUUAGCCAUGAACCCCGUAGCCUCGCCGCCCGCCGUAAAGCCGGGGUUAAAACGUAUCGCCACCUUUUCCGAAUUAGAAAGAAAUAGCAGUCCCGAAAAUGGACGAGCCCCUACCCCCUCAGGUAGCGGACCAGACGCGAUACAGGCGCCGGUGCCUCAGCGGCAUGUUGAUCCCGUCUCGCUGGAGCGAGGACCUGAUUAUUAG